CCGCAACCAAUGAAAUUAAAUGGUUACCUCGACUUCUUUCUCACAAUUUCGUUUUGCUUCUGCAUCUACAGCUUGAUUCUUUUUCUUCCCUUUCGUCUUUUCGUUCUCGUUGCAGGUCGUGCGUGGCAGCAAGCCUGCCAGUCCAUUCCUUUUACUUCGCCUUCAUUUGUUCCACCUUCAACUCGGGCUCAACCAUUAAAUCACAGCUAGACGGAUCAUCUUGAAAUGCUCUAGUUCAUUUAAGCUAUCCGACCAUACGCAAUACUUUAUCUAUUAGAUGGGAACCCUCUGUCUAUCUCAGGCCUUGAUUCUUCGCUGCGAGUCUUUGACCGAGACUGAGAGUAUUGCCUUGUUCAUUCCUACUGCUGUGGAGUUCCUGUUUGCCUCGUCUUUGAUAUUCAGGACGUGGGAUUCUGACCGGAGGCACAUUUUCCUAACAUUUGAAGGCUGGAUCUAUUUUGCACUGGCUUUGCUUGAGUUGUUGUCUCACAUUAUCCCCGCUGUGCGGGAUGACCUCGCAGUUUUUAAGGUUAUCGACAUUGUCAUUGGUGCAUUAUCUUCUAUUCCUCUGCUUUUGUAUACUAUCUUUCUAUGUUUUUUUACCUGUACCGAAUUUUUGGAUGGUAUUCCUCAACGACUCCAGAUUUUUGGGAAAUUCAUGCUUAUUAUCCUCAUCCCCGUUGUGAUUGUCUUCAACGAAGUGGCUUCUUUCAUCGGUAUCACCCACCGAAUCAUAGGUACAACAGUUGCAGUCGGCUUCAGUAAUCCUCAGAACAAGACGCUUUGGACUAUCUUCACCGACUUCGACCUUGGUUUCAUUACAGUCUAUCAAGCACUUAACUUUUCAUUUGCCUUUUUCCGGCUGGCUAAGGCGUUCUUGGAGCAGCAGCGGAUAGAGUCUUCGGAUACCGAUGAGGCUUUGUUGAUCAAGGGAACCGGCUGGGUCACUCUCGGAAUCAAAUUGGGUGCUGUAGAGAGUGCCAUUGGAUUCGUGCCGCCACAGUUCGGGGUAGUUCUGGCAAGGAGAAUUCUGCGUUUCCUUGGGAGGGCUUUGUUGAUCAUCGGUUUGUUAAAAGGGCUCGAUGUAUCCGAAGACUUUCAACAAGUCCGCGAAGAAAUUAUCGCUGGAAAACGCGAACGGUCAUUCCGCGGUUCCCGUCUCCGACCUCUAAUCUCUGACCCUCGCCUCUCCACCUUCCGUCAACUUUCUCCUGGCGCAAUCCAAGCAGCAUCCGAUGCUUUCCGUGGAAAGGAUCCUCCUAGAUCAUUCUCUUCACCUUCACCCGCUCCCAUGGUUCCCGGAGAGCGUGUCACCAUCCAUUUCAAUGCUGCUUCAGGCCAAGCUCCUACUCUUGAAAUGCGGUUUUCUGCUUUAGAUAUACCUAGUCCUACUGAAAUUGUUGAAAGCGUCAAGGUUCGUCCGGCCUCGGAGUGGCUUUCGACAGCACCCUCCCGGAGAUCUUCAUAUUACGCCAAUUCAACGAUGACGCGUCACACACUUAACCUUUCCAUGCCAGAGAUGCCAAAGCUACCCCAGGCUCCCGGUGGCAUUUCUGAAUUUAAAUACGCAUCUCGGUCCAGGCCAGAACAAGAAGCAAUUGUCGUUCACAACGUCUUUGCGCACACCAGAGACGUCUCCAAUUUCAGAACAAACUCUGGAUUCAGAGACUCCGUCAGUUCAAUGAGUCAUGGCGCUGGAGGGAGUUUGUCGUCUAAAUUCCCUGGGAUACCACCCAGAGUUACCAAGGCUUCCCAAAUGGCUUUGCAGGAUUCAUUUUACGUUGUUGCGAGAUCUGCGUCAUCUGAAUCAAAGGGCAAGGAAAAUCAGGGCGCAGGUUUGUCUAUUAGCAACUCUUUUCACCGGAAACCUGUUCCCCGAGCAUCCCUUAUCCUAGCACCAGCAUCUAUAGACCCGUUCGUCGACGAAGACACCCAAAUUGGUGUUAAACUACCCACCCCGUUAGGUACUACCGAACAUGCACACCAAAUGAGCAUCGCUCUUUCUACUGCUCCCACUACUACGAAAGACUCCCUCUUUGCUCGUCCCGCGGAAUCAUCCCCUCGCCCAUCGUCGUAUUCCCAAUUCACCCCUAAUACGGGCCAGACGGAGGAUCCUUUCAAAUACGACGCGGAGAAAAGAGAUUUGGCGGCCGUUGGUUCCCGAAACAGAACUAGGGCUAGCGUAGUUCCAUCUGAACUGCCUUUAGUACGAGAGAGUUCCAUCCAGAGUCCAAGUCAGUACCUUGAUUACCAUGAUCGAGGGAAAAGCAUAGAAACACUUGAUCUAUCUUGGCUUCAACCUCCCAAUUCAGGAAAGUACAAUGAAAGCAUUAACUCGUACUCUGAAGAAAGUACCAUCGAACGAGCGAUGCGUAGAAAGAUCUCUUUACCUUCAACUAUCCACCCGCUCUCAGGCUCUGAUCCUGCUCCUCUACCUGGUUCUAGUCAGCGUCGAUCUCGUUCCGCACCUCGAUUUAAGAGUAUCGGAAAGGCACCAAAGAGAUAUACACCUUCGCCAACGAUAAGCUCUUAUACGAGGGAGAGUAUAUACAUCGAGCCUAUCAUUAUUCCACCGAGACAGUACGGUGGAUUCCCAAAUGUCGAGGUUGAGCAGGGGAGUUUGAAUGGGGGGUCAAUGCUCAGUGGGAUAACUGGAAUGGAUGGUAUAACAAGCCGGACGAGUAGAAUGGACGGAAACAGUGCUGGUAGUGGUACGUUACGAGACUCAAAUAUUCUAGGUCUGGGUAAUGAUACACGAGGAUGAGCCUUAGGUUGGCUUUCAGGAGAGCAGUGUCGAAGUGUUAGACUUUCAACUGAUCCUUCGUUCAAACCUAUGUACAUAUAUCCGCACAAUUGUGAUAUGAAUUCUGUACCAAACUCAAUGGUGCAACAACAACAGGUGGCGAUACCACUGACAUAGUGACGAUAAGUGUAUGAUAGUGGGAAUCGGAGGAAGAC